ACGACGCGACGCGACGCUGGAGUUUGACAACACUUCGAGAAUAAAUAAUGCCGGACUCGAAGACAUUUUAAAAUUAAAAGUACCAUUGAAAAAAUGUUUGAACGGUCUUCCUCCAGAAAUAAAGGGGCAAAGUCUUCGAUUCAUCGUAAAGAAGUGGAAGACAGAAGCCGUCAUGGAAAGGGUGUCCAUUCAACAAUUCAAACUCGUUCGAUUGAGAGGGCUCUCGCUCCAAUUGCAGCACAGGUAUCUCAGCUUAUUAUCUUGAAUGAGACUGCAGAGAGGAAAGGUGGCAAGCUACCCAAUCUUAUUCCAUUCGCUCAGACUGUCCUGAGAGCAACAGAAGAACUUGUGCAGGUUGGGCACAAAAUGGCAAGAGAUACAGAUGAUGAGAAACUACAGCGAGAGAUGCCUGCGGUAUGUGACGCAAGCAUAGCUGCUGGUCGGAGCAUGUUGAUGGCAGUACAACGCCUACAGGCUGAGCCCCUAUCAGAGCCAGCUAGAGACAACAUGGUCACUGCUGCACGGAGACUGCUGGAGACUACAAUGAAGGUGCUCCUUAUAUCUGAUGAAGCAGAGGUGAAUAGAAUACUAGAUACGUGUGACUGGGUGUCAGAGGGAUUACAAGAUAUCAGAGCUGUGGCAUCCAUGAAGGAAUUAGUGAUAACAUUCAAGGACUUUGCUGAAUCUGUUCUCAUACUCUGUGAUCUGUGUGACAAGAGACAACAGGAUCUCAAUGACCCUGAAAAGAAAGAAAGAAUAGUAACUGCUCUGUCGGGACUCAAGAGGGCACUGCCCCUUCUCAACUCGUCAAUGCAAAGUUACGUCAAGUAUCCUGCCAAUGUACAAGCAAAGGCUAGUCGGGAUUACUCCUGCAAGCAAGUAAAUGACUGUGUUGAACAAAUCACUGAGGUUUUAACACAGGAUUCUAGCAGAGUACAAAAUGCAGCUGCAUCAGACAGACCAGGGCAUUUUGCUCACAACAUGGAAAAGUUAGUGGAGCUACUUUCACCCAACAUGCGAUUGAAACUUGACAAAGGUUUUGAAGAUGUCUUAGAGCAGACAGUCCGACAUGGAAUGAGCGUCGCUGCUUCAUCUCGAGAACCUAUCCGAGACGAAAUUGUCUCCAUUUGCAAACAGAUACUACAACUCAGAUCAGAAAUAAUGAAGGACCUAAAGGCUUUGCGUGACAACCCCUCCUACAGCCAACUCAGCUCGGAUUUCAAGAAAUCCUGCGAGCGAUUAGCCCAUGACCUGCUGACCUUGGAGAAUUUAGUGAAGAGCGCCCUCAUACAUCAGGUGGUAGAUGCUUUCACCGAGACGACGGAACCGCUUGAUCGGCUAGUGAAGACAUCUACAGUGAGGUUAAAGGAGAAAGGUUCAUUGAAGGAGGAUAUCUGUACCAAGCUUCUACAGCCGUUGGACGAUGCCUUCCAUGAUCAUUCAGACAGGAUUCUUCAGAUGGCUAGCUUUGUAGCAGCCAGCUGUGUGGAUAGCAAUCAGGGACAAGAAAUCCUCGCUCUUGUUAACAACAUGGAGCAGUUAGAUGCCGAUGUCUUCCCAUCAUGCCUUGCUGUACGGAAAGACCUGACAAAUAAAGGAGCAGUUGAACAUCUCAAGUUGGUAAGGCGAGAGUGGCACAGUUCCUUACAUCAGCUGAUGGAUAUCAUAGACACUCUGAUAGAGACAAGAAGGUUCCUUGAAGUAUCAGAAUCCUGCCUUGAAAAGGAUGUUGAGGAGUGUCGUCAGGCGGGUCUGAUCAGCGAUGCACAGCUCCUCUCAGAGGCGGUUGGUAAUAUUGUUGGACGUUGUAAGAGGGUUCUACAGGUUGCUAGGCAACACCAGGAUAAAAAUGAGGAUGCGGUGUAUAGAAACGGUCUUCAGGUCUUCAUCUCUCAGCUCGAGAAUGCCCUCCCUCUGGUCAAGAAUGGUGGUCAUUACCUAGUGGGGAACAUCAAGAACAAGAGAGCGAUGACGGCCCUCUCAGAGCAUAACUAUCAUCUCCUUCAGUGUGUUCACAACCUGUGCUGUGGGUUAGACGUUUCUAACCAUCCUGAUAUUCUUAGUCCUCUUAGAGGGCAGGUCAGAGAUCAUCAUGUCACAACCAGUCAAGGGUCAUUAGACUUUCUGAGAGGUCUUCCUGAUGAGUCCCCAACUCAGAGACUGAACCUGUCACCCAAGUCCAGACAGCCACCAGGGGGCCACAGCCCUGAGGAUUACUUGAGCAAAUCAGUCAAGUAUCUAUCCCUCUUGGAUUCUACUCCAUCAUUCCAUCUCCCUUCGGAUGCUAUCUCUACUCCACAUGGUGCAUCAUCGAUACAGCCCAGACGCAGAGAUGCUGGUGGGAUUGACAACGGGAUUGCAGAUGAUCACCAAGUACCCUCUAGAAAGAUUACAAAAGAUAUGAUCCGUAGACUAGACAUGGCCUAUCCAAUGAAUGAACUGAUGAGGGCGUUGUUUACAAACCAACGUGAUCAGGUUGUUUUGCUGUGUCAGAAAGCGAGGGAGAAAGUUGACCUGUACUGCCGUUUAAUCACAAGGAUGCGGGAUUUGAAACUUGAUGAUCAGAAAUUCAGAUCAAUUGAUGCCAAGGUCAACGACCUCCAGAAGAUGACAGCUGACCUCAUCCACCAUUUUGAAUCAUCUCUCCAUGGCAACAGCAGUGACAAAGCAGAUGCUGUAAUCAGAGCAGAAAAAUGGAGUAGUCACAUGACCCAGGUGGCUGCGGAAUCAAGAGAUCUGAUCGGUUUGCAUGGGGAAUCACGCAAUAUGGUGUCGAGGCAUGAUGGGAAUGAUCACAUGACCACAUUGCAGUCACAGAUUGAGCAGGUAGAUGGUGUGAAAUCAGACGUGAUGAGAUUGAUCGGUGUCACCGUGGGCUGGAAGGAAUCACUACAGGCUGCAGACGGGGGAGACACGCCCACACAUGCCAUGCAUAUUCAACAGUUACAGAGCAAGGCUUCUGAUUGGUCCAGGGUGACCCAUGACCUACACUCUAUGGCCAAUGAGUGUUUAAUAAGCGCAGAUGAUCGUGAACUUGCAGACAGAUUGGAGAGUCUCACCCUGAGCUGGUCCGUCAGUACUAUGGAACUACAAGUAACACUGGAUGAUGUCAUCAUGGGUGGAAGGUCAAGAGAGCUUGUUGGCAUAGCAAAUGCAAUCAGGUCAGGUCAAGAAGAUGAGGUCAUGCUAGAGGUCAAAGGUCUGAAUGUGAGGUGUAAGAAGUUGAUUGAGCAAUCUAGAAAAGCAAUUGCAAGUUGUGGUGAUACUGCUAAGGAGUUGGACCUCAACAAGGCCUUGAAAGAAAUGGAGAAUUGCACGUCAUCGCUUGCAACGUCGGCCAUUUCCAUGGCAACCACUAUGAAGGGGCAGGGAUCAUCAGCAGAUGGCUUUAGGGUUCAGAGGAUAAAUUUACUGCAGAGAGAAUGGAUUGUUAAGACUCAGAUUGUGGAGUGCAUGCUAGAAGGUCUGAUUAUAGAGAUGUUAAUACCCCUAGAUAGACUGACAGGAACUGCCCUGGCUGCUAGACAAGCUAAAGGACCAUCAAGAGAGCAGAUCAUGGAGGAGUUCCAGGCUCAGUCUGAAGGGUUAUCUCAAGCUGUGACAAAGCUCAAGAAUGACUGUGCUGUGUUGCUCCAAGGUGUCUUCAACCUUCCAGAGAAGACUACCAUCUUACAGAGCACUGAUGCAUUGUCAAGAAUAACACCAGGAGUUGUGGCUAAACUAAGGAUGAUAGCAGAUAAUUCUUCAAUGAGUUACAAUGAUGAACUGACAAGCCAGAAGAGAGACUGGGCAUGUAAUGCCAAGGCCCUCAUUCAUGGCAUAAAUAAUCUUCCAGGAGUUGACUUUACUUUGAAACAGGAGAUGAUUCGGUCUCUGCUCCAGGACCAUUCUCCACCGGCUUCAUCAGCAUCGUCAACCAUCAUGUACCCCAGUCCAGGAGGAGGGAUAGGAGUAGGGGGUACAUUCAACCCUCCUACUGUACCACAGCUUACCCCAGAACAGUGGAGAGUUCUCCAAUCAUUACCCCAGCAUGGCAUUCAGUUGAUCCAUACACCCCCUACUGCAGCUUCACCAUAUUUCCAUGGCAACUUCCAGCAUCAUGUGACUUCUGGAAUGACGACACCCAAUCGAGCAGGGACAUCUCCAAGGCUCUUUGAACCUUAUUCAUCACCAAGGCAACAAUCAGCGACGCCUCAUGACCUUUCACCCGGUCGUCCGCGGUCUCUACAUCAGAGUAACCCUGGUGGAAGAAGCAUCGAUGAUCAGGAAUCACCAACUAAGAAAGCAUCUCACUCAGAAGGAACCCCCGGAACCUACAGAAGUCAGACACUUGGAAUAGAUAUUACCCCAAGAUCUUUGAAGCUAAAAUCUACCAGUACGUCAAGCCUUCAAUCCGCCAACAGUACAACAGCUGUCUCUGAUUGUGGAUCUGUGAAAUACUCUAAUUCCAUUACAGCAGCAGCUCUAGCAUUGCAACAAGAGACUGAUCGAUGGGAGGAUGAUAAGAAUGAAAUCAUCAAAGUAGCAAGGACAAUGUCACAACAGAUGAAGAUACUAGCCAAGUUUGCUCGCAGACACUGCUGUAUGGAGGAUAAGGAAGAACUUAUUUCUACAGCUAAAGCUGUUGCUGCCAACGGUUUGAAGAUUGCCAAGUUUGCUGAUAUUAUUGCUAAGAACUGUACGGAUAAAAGGUUUGCAGAGGAGCUUCAAAACGAAGCGCAGCAUAUCCCUACCUUUAGCACCCAGCUUGAUAUCAUCGCUAGCGUGAAGGCAGCCACCCCGGAUGACCUGACCUCUAAUGCUGCUUUGGUUAAGAAUGCUGAAAACCUUAUGACUGCUAUCGUCAGGACAUUGAAAACUGCUGAAGCUGCUUGUGUCAAGGGGCUGAAAUCUUUGGACAAUGAUGAUCCAAGUUGUGAGACUGAAGCAAGGGAAGCAAAGGCCUUGACUAUGCAGUGGAAGAGAAAGUUACAUCGUCAUCGACUUAUUGAGGCUUCUACUGAAGAUACUAACCAUCUAGGAUUAAGAAAGAUCAAGAAGAAUGUAUCGGCACCCUCCCUGACUGAAAUUGUUAUGCCAUGAUGAUGGUAAAUGAUGGAGAAUGGUUGAAUAUAUUAUGUACUUGAAAGCAUUUUUUUACAUCAAUAUUUCAAGUUAAACCCAAGGAAUAUUUAACUUUGUAUGUGUGUACAGCUCUGAAGUAUUCUUGAAAUGUCAUUCAACUCACUUUGCGAAUUUAAGAUACACAGGAGUUAGUUCCCCUCUUGGGAACUUCAUCCUGACAAUAAGUUGGUGUUAAAUAAAGGCAGAAAA